AUGAUUUUCAAUUUCCUCAUCGCAAUAUGGGUCAUAUGUGGAGCUGCUGGCGCAGCCCCUCAGUAUGGUCCGAUCGAAUCUACCGUCACUGUGUACGCAUCCUGCUCUGAAACUCCUGCUCCAUUUCCAACUGCUAUUGCAAGCAAUCGCAUGGCACAGAUUUCCGCAGAUUCGUCUCUACCUCUCUAUGUGGCACCCACUGUUUCCGCCUUUUCGUCAGUAGGAUCUUCGAAAUCAACUUGGACUAUCGAAGCUUCUCAAUCAUCAAAACUCACUGGGUCACUCGAGACUGCCGCUGAAGGAAGACAAAUCCCUCAGUCAUUCAGUGACGUCUUUUUCUUCAUAGUCGACAAAGGUACAACUAGCUGGUUGAAUGGACAAACGCCAACUAGCGCUCCGAGUCAGUCUUUCGUUGUUAUUACAAGUGCUAUAACAGUGGUUCCUCUGUCAAUUCCACCUCCACCUGCAUCGACAUCCGCGUCUAGCAGUGAGAUUGUGGUUAUAUCCACAGCAACCGUUAUACCCCUUCCAACUACCCCAUCUCCAAUUCCCUCGUCUCCAUAUUCUUCGACGAAAUCCUCCAUUAGUGAGUCGGUGAUUAUAUCAACAGCAACAGUGAUUCCCUUGUCAACUCUGCCAUCGCCUCAAUCGUCAUCCAUGAUAACCAAAACCAAAACGUUAUCUACCAGUAAGCCUGUGGUUAUGUCAACAGUAACAACUACUCCCGUAUCAUCCACUUCCUCAUCAUCUUCAUCAACUACAAGCCAGCUAGCUUCCAGCAGCAAUAUGGUAAUUACGUUAACCACCACAAAAACAACUGUUGUUCCCUUCUCAACUCUACUUUCGACAGCAACUGCUAGUAGCAAACCCACAUCUACAUCAACUGGCGCAAUUGUUUCUUCACAGUCCAGUACAAAUUACGCAUUUUACAAUGCAACGAUUGUUUCCGGUACUUCCACAUUUGCAUCGGUAGCUCUUCAAAAUGCAGUUGUUUCUACCUCUACAAUUUCUUUCAAUCUCUCGUCUAUGGCCAGCAAUCUUUCUACUACUGCAAACCCGCUUUCGAGUUUAUCUUCUGUCUCAAGCCUAACCAUAUCCAGACCUGAAGUCUCUGAGAGCAGUAUCAAGCCGGUCACCUCAACUUCAUCAAUCAUUUUAGCAAGUGGUGUUGAGUUCUCAACACUACUGACUGCUAACUCUAGUUUCAAGUCAGCUUCGCCAUUCGCCACUCAUACCGUCUUUACUCCAAUAUCUGCGGUUUCUCAAUCAGCUUCGGGUAGAAUAUUUACCGGUGUUGCCUCUAAGCCUAGCGGAUGGAACUCAACGUCGCAAACAGCAUCGGAAUCGUCAUUCAAUACACAUACGUCCGCUAAAACUGGGUCUUUGACUACUUUGACUGCACCAGGAAGAUCCCAAGCCGCUACUCAAAUUUCCAUUCCUGCUUUUGCCACUGUGACUAUUUCGGACUCUUCGUUUUCAAUGCCGACGUCAACCUCCAGCUUGAUUUCUUUGUCUAAGGAUACUCCAUCUUCUACAUAUACGUCAAGUUCUAGCUCGACUUCAACGUCUGUUUCUACCUCAAUUCCCAGCUUUAAUGCAACAUCUUACGCCUCCUCCUUAUCGAAGUCUACUUCAAGCUCAAUCUUGACUCUGAUAUCCAACGCCACUUCAACAUCUCAAUCGAUCCCAUCUUCUACAGACGCGUCAAUAUCCAGUUUCAUUUCGGUGAUCAAAGGACCAAGUUCCGUCACUUUCCCCAAUUCAACAUCCUCUACAUCUCCUAUUAUCAUAUCCUCAGCCACACCUACAAACUGCGGAGAACGUGGUGACUUCGUACUGACUUUCGAUGACGUCCCACCACUAUCCGUUUCCAACGCAAGCGGUACUGACGUCCAGCCUGAGCCGCUAUUCAAUCCAUACCACCAAUUCCUCUUCUCUGAUGGUUUCACCGUCGUCCCACCACCAAAACGUCUCCCCAUCCUCCCAUCCUCAAAGCCACUCCUCCUCGAAUUCAUACCCAACUUCGUAGCCAAUUCCUCAAAUAGACAAACAGGUCCUAAUUCCGCAGACCAUGGCUUCUCGGGCCAAAUAGGAAGUGGCGAUGAAGGACUCACCGGAUGUUUUAAUUUCAAUCUCUACGGAGCAUCGCUCGGUUGUGAUUCCACGGGUCCUACAUGCGACUUCACAUUUACGGGAUAUAAGUACGACGUGGUUUCUAAAAAGACUUCUCAAGUAAUGCAACAAGUUGUCAAUGUUCCAGCUUGUCCUGAACUUUCGAGUUGCGUUUUGACCACCGUGGAUCUGGAACCUAGUUUUAUGGAUUUGACGUAUUUUUUCAUGAAUGUUACGGUGGCUGGCAAACCGAAACUUUGGUGGAUGGAUGAUCUUCGUUUGGGGUGGUCGGAUAAUAGUUGUGCUAUGGGUUUUUGUCGUCAGAAUGCUCAUGUGCGUUAA